AUGUGGUCGUACUUCGAGACAUCGUCGGUGCUCGGUUUAUCGCACACUGGUCAAGCUGCGACGUCAAAAAACUAUUUGCGAGCCUCGCUUUGGUUCGCCAUCACGUUCAUUCUUUGGGGUCUCACAGGAAUACUGUUGUACAAAAUUGGGAUAGAAUUCUUGCAAUACCCGGUUUUGACCACCAUCACUGUUCAGGCGAGCCAAGGCCAGCUGACAUUCCCGACGGUGGUCUUUUGCAAUCAUAGUCCAAUCACUUGCAAUCAGCUUUUCAAGAUCAGUUUGAAACGACCGGAUUUGUGGAAAGCUAGUGGAUGCCUGGUCGGGGUACAAAUUGUCAACUACGUGACGAACGCUACUAAUGAGUUCAAUUUACGGCGAGGAAUUAUCAUCCCCAGGGAAUUCCUCGAAGCUGACGCUGAUGGAUCCGUUCCACUGAUCGAUUAUUGGGCCCAUUUGUACCUUGACCCGAAAAGAAUAGUCGACAUGCUCUUGGACAACCGAACUGAACUGCUGUUGACAGACCUUAAUGAGUUCAUGAACUUCGAAAUGGACGGAAUCCGAGAUUCCUGGUCAAAGAAUCAAGACGUGGAGCAUCACUUUGCUUUGCUACAUUUGGACGCAGCGAUACGCGGCUGGAAAGUCCGGUCCAACUUCAUAACUGCGCUAAAAUUCUCUUCCAACGUGAAUGGCACUUACGACAUGGUCAGCAUGCGCCGAAUUCUUGGCAACUGGUAUUUCGACAAACGUGGAAACGAGCUUUCAUUGCCGCCCGACACCGAUUUCAACGCCACCAAACUGGCUUGGGUUGAAUAUGUAGCUACUCUCCAACAGAUGUCGCCUGCUACCUUUCAGCAGCUUCACAAUUUCACCCUGGGGUUCCUUGUGUACUUGACGGAAUUUCUGGCACCGACUUACACAGAUUUCCCGUCGCUUUUACGGAUGUACGGUGACCCAAAAGUAGCAGAACAUGCAGUCCAAGAACUAAUCAAGAUGCUUACGAUGCAAUUCCAUUUUCCAUCAGCACAGCUUCAGAAUAAUGAAGCUUCUGAAGAAGAGGCAAAAUUGGUCGAAGCUAACUACGACUUUGCUCAGCAUCUAAGCGAUCUGAAACGAAUGCCGAACGAAAAACUGCAAUCAAAUCUAUUUUGGAGUCUAGCAUUAGAAUCGUUCCAUGAGCUUGAGCCUUAUCUGCAACAAAGUGCCGAUGAAAUGCUGCAGACUUGCGAAUUUAGUGGGAAACCUUGCGAUCCGAGUCAGAUAGGUACGCAUGUAUCGGUAAAUUACGGGCAUUGCGUGACGUACAACUCUUUCCCUGCGGCCAACGAUACCACUUACAAACCCAGCAUAGCGACAUCUGACGGAAUCGAUGGAGGACUUAAAAUCAGACUGAAGAUCAACGAGGAUGAAUAUAUUCGAGUGCCGAGCCAAGUUACAACUGCGGGUUUGAAAGUGGGAAUAUUCCCAUUUGGAUCCCCGCCAAAUGUUGAGGAAGAAGGGAUCGACGUUGUUCCGGGUCAAUCAACUCACGUCCGUUUGAAAUCGGUAUUGCUGAAGCGUCUGCCGGAUCCGUAUCCUUCGGGAUGUCAAGACGGCUGGGAUGGUACGCUAUACACUUAUGGAAAUUUUAGAUACGACUAUCGGGAAUCAGCUGUAAUCAACGCUGGGAUUCAUCCUUUGAAACUGCGACGAGAUUGGGAAGGUAUCAAGCAGUCACUCAUUGAGGUGAAAGUUUACUACAGCUCUUUGGACGAGUAUUUGACGGAGGAGACCGAGAAAAACACGUUUUUCUCCAUGUGCAAUGAAGUUGGUGGAGCAAUGGGACUCUUACUUGGGCUGUGUGGUUUCAACUUGAUUGAAUUACUCGUCAUGUCGAUGGACAUCGGAUUGGGUCGAUUUUCGAAGAAUAAUGUGAAUUCAGCCAAAGCGGAUCUUCAAAAUAGUACGGGUAAAAUCAGUGAAAUAAGCUAUCCAAGGACUCCGGCUGGAAAAGAACAAUUGAUGAUAAAGCCAUUCUUGGCCGAUGACGAUUUCAUGACGAGACGUCGCAAUAAUAACUCGUUUUCCGGGACUUUAGGACAAUAA